CAUUCAAAAUGUCAUCUUCAUGCUUUGUUUUGUUUUUUCACACUCAGUUGAUGUUGUUAUAUCGCAAAACGAAAGGAAUUGUCGCUAAUAUGCAAGCGUUCCUGCUGUAAUUUAGCGAAUAUUUAUCCCAAAUGGCAGAAGUAAUAGGAAAACUCGAGGAGGAAGCUCUCAAGCGUAAAAAUCGUUUGCGGGAAUUACGAGGAAAGAGAACAAAUGAGGAACAACAGCACAACAUCAACGAUGAAGAAGGUGUCGCUGUACCUAAACCUGUGUUUCGAAAUUACAAACCAGAAACUGAAGAAUUUCAAGAAUCCAUGGCAAUGGACGAUCACGCUGGGAUUGUGGAAAAGGAGGUCGGUACGCACCUUAAGAUGAUGAAAACUCCGAUUGUUAUUGAAGAAAUUGAUAUUGCUAAUCUUGCCCCGCGUAAGCCUGAUUGGGAUUUGAAAAGGGAUGUUUCUAAAAAGUUAGAAAAAUUGGAACGUAGAACACAAAAGGCUAUCGCUGAACUAAUACGCGAGCGGCUGAAAGCCGGACAAGAGCAAGACAUAUUGCAAGCUGUAAAUAUUGCAACUUCUGUUGCAUCUACCGCGCUACACGAUAAGGACAAUCCUGAUGAUCAAUAAAAGUUUGCAUAUUUUUCUAUUA